AGUUCGAACCGGGGGCCGUUCCUAUGGUGUGCAGUGGAAGCCUGGCCAUGGGCAACGGGUCGAUCAAAGUCCCUCGAGCUGAGGACAACAACUGCCUGGCCUCCGUCCACACAGACGCAGCUGACGUGGACUCAGACGUGCUCAGUUUACGAGUCGCCCAGCUGGAAGCAGAGCUAACACGACGUGACCUCGAGUCUGAAGCCCAGCAGCUGCAGAUCCAGCAGCUCCAGAAGGAACUGGCAACCAAGAUCUCCCAGAUCGACAAGCUCCAGGACGCCAUCGGCUACAACGCCAAGCUGGGAUGCUCCUCGCCGGGCGCCAGCGCUCGGCGCUUCAGCGCCAUCGACCAGGGUCCCAGCCGCUUCCACAGGGUGGCCGUGGAGGUCCACCGCCGACUCAAAGCAAAGGAAGGCGUCUCGGCUGAACCCACAUCAGAAAACUUCUGUGGAGGAUCCAGAACAUCCAACAUCUGCAUUGGAAAGGCCGUCCACAAGAGCUCUCACACCAGGAAGCUCGUCAACGACGCCAUCAUGAACAACGACUUCCUGAAGAAGCUGGAGCCGCAGCACAUGAGGGACAUGGUGGACUGCAUGUUUGAGAAGGUUUACCUGGAGGACGAGCUGGUGAUCGAGGAGGGAGGCGCUGGGAACUUCCUGUACGUGCUGGCAGAGGGCCUGCUGGAGGUGGUCCAGAACGGGAAGCUGCUGGGAGAGAUGCGUCCGGGCACGGCAUUUGGAGAACUGGCCAUUCUGUACAACUGCAGGAGAACGGCCACGGUCAGAGCUGUGCUGCAGUCACACAUCUGGGCCCUGGACCGGCAGACCUUCCAGACCAUCAUGAUGCAGACCACACAGGCCAGACACGACCAGCACUUCAGCUUCCUGCGCAGUGUGUCUCUGCUCCGAGAGCUGCCGGAGGAGAAACUCUCGAAGAUCGUGGACUGCCUGGAGGUGGACUGUUUCCAGAAGGGGGAGUACAUCAUUCGAGAGGGAGAGGAGGGGAGCACGUUCUUCAUCAUCGCUAAAGGACAGGUCGUUGUCACUCAGAGCUCCGAGGGCCUGGCUGAGCCUCAGGAGAUCAAGACGCUGGGAGUCGGGGACUACUUUGGAGAGAAAGCUCUGAUCAGCGACGACGUGCGCUCAGCUAACAUCGUGUGCAGUGAGGACGACACACACUGCCUGGUGGUGGACAGAGAUAACUUUAACCAGACGGUGGGAACCUUCGCGGAGCUGCAGGUGUAUCUGAAGGAGUACGUGGCGGAGCUGUCCCGGAGCGACGAGCGGAGGAACGCUCUGCCCCGCCCCCCUCAGACGGAGAGCGCAGAGGUCCAGGAGCUGAGCCGGCUCCGGUCCAGGAUCGCUCUGCUGCCGGACCACCGGCCCUUCCAGGAGCUGGAGCUGGUGGCCACGCUGGGCGUCGGAGGCUUCGGGCGGGUGGAGCUGGUGAAGCUGAAGGAUGAAGACGUGGCCUUCGCCCUGAAGUGCAUCAAGAAGAAGCACGUGGUGGACACCCGGCAGCAGGAGCACGUCUACUCCGAGAAGAACAUCCUCCAGCAGACCAACUGCCCGUUCAUCAUCAGGUUGUUCCGGACGUUUCGCGAUGACAGGUUUGUGUACAUGCUGCUGGAGGCCUGCCUGGGCGGAGAGCUGUGGACGGUGCUGCGGGACAUGAGCUUUUUCGACGAGCCGUCUGCCAGGUUCUGCAUCGGCUGUGUCCUGGAGGCCUUCGACUAUCUGCACACCAUGGGGGUCGUGUAUCGAGACCUGAAGCCAGAGAACCUCCUGCUGGACGCUGAGGGCUAUGUGAAGAUGGCAGACUUUGGCUUUGCCAAAAAGAUUGGGCUUGGAAAGAAGACCUGGACGUUUUGUGGGACUCCGGAGUACGUGGCCCCAGAGGUCAUCAUGAACAAGGGCCAUGACUUUGGAGCCGACUGCUGGUCUUUGGGAAUCCUCAUAUUUGAACUUCUCACUGGGAACCCGCCGUUCUCUGGAGCAGACCCCAUAAAGAUCUACACUAUGGUCCUCCAUGGCAUGGACAAGGUGGACUUUCCCAAGAAGAUCGGCAAGCGUCCAGAAGACCUGAUCAGAAGGCUGUGCAGGCUGAACCCGGUGGACAGGCUGGGCAACAAGAAGAACGGCAUCAUCGACAUCAAGAAGCACAAGUGGUUCCAGGGCUUCAACUGGGAGGGUUUGAGACGCCACAAGCUGCAGUCUCCACUGAGGAGGCAGCUGCAGGGAGCGACGGACCACAGCCACUUCGACGUCUUCCCCCCCGACGAAGAGCAGCCUCCGGAGGAGCUGUCCGGCUGGGACCGGGACUUCUGACCCCCGUCUCCCCCCAGGACCGGGACUUCUGACCCCCGUCUCCCCCCAGGACCGGGACUUCUGACCCCCGUCUCUCCCCAGGGACGCCCACCUCCUCACUGCUGAUCUGCAAAGCAGACACUGCAACGUUCCUCCACCUGCUCCACCUCCUCCACCUGCUCCACCUCCUCCACCUCCUCUACCUGCUUCCUCUCCUCCACCUCCUCUACCUGCUCCAUCUCCUCCACCUCCUCCACCUGCUCCACCUCCUCUACCUG